GUCAUCACUGAUAAUAAGCAACAUUUACUUUGAAACUGAAUCGAUCGGACCGGAAAAGCUCACAGGCUCUGGUCCACUGAUUUGAGGGCAGACGGCCUUUGGACACGGGUCCCAAACUAUUAGCAGAGAUCACUUUUUAUUCAAGAUUGGUGAAAAGAAUGGCAACUGGUCAAGACGUUCACGAAAAUAUCAAGAAAUACUAUGGCAGUCAACUGGGAACAUCUUGUGAUUUGCAAACUAGUGCUAACUCCUGCAGUAGACCCUCUUCCUUACCACAAAGUGUCAGGGAGGCUCUGAGUCUUGUUCAUCCAGAGGUGAUCAACAAAUUCUUUGGCUGUGGACUUCCGUUCCCUGCUAAGCUUGAGGAAUGCAGAGUUUUGGACCUUGGCAGCGGUUCUGGCAGAGAUUGUUUCGCCUUCAGUAAACUUGUUGGCCCAAAUGGACAUGUCACAGGAAUUGACGUGACAAAGGAGAUGAUCAGUGUAUCGCAGCAGUACAUCCAGUACCAUCAGGAAAAGUUUGGCUAUUGUAAGCCUAAUGUCACCUUUCUUCAGGGCUACAUGGAGAAGCUGAAAGACGCUGGCUUACAGAACGAUUCAUUUGAUGUUGUUCUAUCAAACUGUGCAAUAUGCCUAUCUCCUGAUAAAUUGUCUGCACUGAAAGAAGCAUACAGUGUGCUGAAGGAAGGAGGGGAGCUGUACUUCAGUGACAUGUAUGCCAGCAAACCUGUUCCAGAUCACAUGAAACAAGAUCCAGUUCUAUGGGGUGAAGGAAUGGCAGGUGCUCUCUGUUGGCAAGACUUAGUUUCAUUGGCUCUUAGCGUGGGGUUUAGUUCACCCUACUUGGUGUCUGCCAGCCAUAUUAUUGUGUACAAUGAAGAGCUCAGAGUCAAAGCAGAGGACAUUCAGUAUGUAUCAGCAACCUACAGGCUUUUCAAGCUGCCAAAAAAUCCAGUCUCUGCUGAAGCAACAGUGACUUACAAAGGAACUAUAAAGGAGUUCCAGGACCAACUGAACUUUGAUUCGUUGCAUUGCUUUAAGAAAGCCAUUCCAAACAAAGUAAAUGGAGAGAUGGCAUUGAUUCUGCAGAGCUCUCGCUUUUCCCAUGAUUUUGAAAUUGAGAUUUUGGACAUACCAAACACCUGUUCAAGGUCAUCACAACAGAACUGUCAUCUUGAUCCUUUCCUGUUGGCUGACAAGCUAGGAUCUUCUGUGAAACAAUGCUCCAAAACAUGCAAAUAAAGAAAAAUCACAUUCCUGUCAACAAAAAACAGUAAGGUGUGGUGUAAUAGCUCAGUUGUCCAGGUAUGAUCCAUAGCAAAUUAAAAACUGAACAAAAUGUUUUGAAUGAAGUUGUUUUGCUGAUCAUCCCAGUGGCUUAUUAAAUUAUGUUCAGUUAUAAAUAGGAGAUAAAUGAUGUCUAAGCCGUCCACAUCUGUUCAAAGAUGGAUUGUCUAGGCUUAAAAAACUCCAAGAAUUUAUGAUUAUUAUUUUUUUAAAUGAUUAUUUUAAUACCAUUGUUUUUUUCUGUGUGCACAAUAAACAUUUUGAACUUUGUUUUAAGUAAUUUGUCCAGUACAUAAUGUAAAGGAACAAUAAUUAACCGCUUUAAUGUAUUAUAAAUUAUCUACUACCCAUGGACAAAAACGUACAAAAGCGUUGUAUUUGGAAAAGCUAUUAAACAGCCAAUAUUGAGCCUUUGCUCCUUUCUAAGCCAUAAGGCCAUCAAAAAGCAGGUCAACGUUGCAUUCACACAUGACACUUUAGCGCUCUCUUGUGGAGAAUAUAACAACAUGAAACUAUUUAUAUACUACUUAUACAGUUUUCUAUAUUAUUACAAACAAAAAUUACAAACCAAAAACAAAAAUUCCAAGGAGAAUUAUUUUAAUAUCAAAGUUUUAUAUGUUGAGAAUACAUUUAUAAUGUAGAUUUUUUUUGUACAAACACAGGCAUCAGUUGAUGUUAUGUUUUGAUUAAAACAGAAUAUAAACUAAGAAUAAUUUUAAAAAGCACCACCUGAGAAAACCUGGGUGUUAAACUAGCAAAGCUUUUGUCAUUAAAAUAUAUUUCAUAAACAAGGAGACACACACAUUAAACUCUGUGUCUCAGUAGUAGCACAUAAGGCAUCUUAAAUAGCAUAGAGCUCAUACUAUUAAAAGCCUGACCUGAGCACAGUUUAAUUUUAUCUGGCAGUGAGAGAGCAAACAAACCCAUGUUUAAUCUUGUUAUCUGUGAAUUUCUCACAGUUUUGUCUGUAGCCAGCUCAGGUCAUCAGCACUAAAUACACAGAAAUAAAAGUCAUUAACACUACAUUAGCAUUUAUACACAGUAAUAUACAAACAAUAUUAAACUACUUUUAAUCAUUGUAUGCUUACAGAGCCUGGGCUUUUGUUAUGCAUUGUCCCAAAGCCAUCAUUUCUGCCAAGCGAGCCACAGCAGGGUCAAACAUUAAACUGGCUGCUGCUACCACCACAUCAUCCCUAUCAAUGAAGGAAGUUAUAAAAUGAGCAAA